AUGACUCUUAAAUCUGAGCUUGUGAAAUGUCCAAAAAGGACGAACCGGUGCUCGGAGUCCGCUAGUAUACGUCAGAGAGGAUCAGUCCCUCGGAUCGCCGUGUUUGGUGAUCCGAAGGGAAUACCGAUCCAGCAGACGAUUUAUCGGGACACCCCUGCCCCUAUUAACUGCGUUUUCUGUGGUAUCAACGGAGUUACAACCGUCAGUUUGGCAGCUGUGGUUGGAUGCAUGAUCCCAAUGAUGCUUGGAAUUUGCUUCAUGUGCCCUUCAAUGGACUGCUUGUGGCACAAAUAUCACUAUUGUCCAAGCUGCAAAGAACAGUAAUGGAUCCUCCACACUGGACGCAGGACCGCUUUGCAUUACCUGCAUGAUAUGAUAAGUCUACUAUCUGCAUUGUGCUGUACUACUUAUUGGUAAUUCCUACUUCCUAGUUACAGUUACCUAUACAUGGAGAUGUAAACUUGUUUACAAUGUAAAUUGAACUCAGGUCUUGCUAUUGAACACACAGGUCAAGAGCAGGUUGAAAUCCCUACACCUUUAAGCAGCCUAUGUGCAUGAGUUUUAUGGCUUUAGCGUUUGAAAAAUGUACCUUUCUUGGCAUCUUCAUAAAAGCAUACCUGGGUAUGAUGGAGCAAUCCUUCAGAUCAACCCAUGUAGAAGAGUAGGUCCAGCAUGAGUAAUAAGAGCCUGUCUCGAUAGCCAAGGAGACUGCCUGUAAUCCACUUAAGGACCUGUUUUAUGCCUUAUAUCUAGACAAGAGCUAUGUAAACCAUCUCUCUUUUUUCUUAGAUCCCCAGCGAGGCUGCAGGCAAGUCAUCCUUGGCUACAAAACAAGACUCCUUAUCCUCACGUAGGACCUCUCUUCCUUACAAAGAACCCAAUUUAAAAAAUGUCUUAUUUUUAAUAUGUAGAUGCUGAGAUGCAAUGCUCUGCCUUCAGCCGUUCUAUUUAUAGCCAAUGAUAGUUUGGGAUUA